AGAUCGCAGCUGUAUGGAUAAACCAAAUAUCCUUUCAGCAGUCACAUUAUAGAUACACACGGUGAGGCAGGGCUUAACGUGACCAUGCCCCGGAAGAGGACACAUCCGUAGGAUACUCCCGUUACUCCUAUGAUAAAUGUCCUACUUUACUCAUAACCCGACACAACGGCUGUUUUUUUUAUCAUACAUUUGACAUGCUUCCAUGUCGUCUUAAUCAAAAGGACUACAUCAUACCUAAAAACAUUUUACAUACUGUACUUUAGGAUGAUUUGGACAUGAUGGGCGAAAAAGGUCACAAAAGUCCAGUGGUGUAAAGUAGUGUAUACUUUGACUUUUGAUACUUAAGUACAUUUUAGCAAUUCCAUGUACUUUUAAUAGUUAAGUAUAUUUCAAACCAAAUACUUUUAGACUUUUACUCAAGUAGUAUUUUUACUUGAGUCAUUUUCUAUUAGGGUAUCUUUACUUUUACUCAAGUUUGACAAUUGAGUACUUUUUUCAACACUGCAAAAGUUACAAAGAAUGGAGGAUGCGGGCAUCGAUCCCGCUACCUCUCGCAUGCUAAGCGAGCGCUCUACCAUUUGAGCUAAUCCCCCUGUAUUAAGGAGAGGGUAUGUGAUUUCUUGGUAUGCCAUCGUCAGCGCCUGUACAACAUUGAAAUGAUUCCGGCGGAAGUUUAGUGGCGAGGCCCUGUCCACAAAAUAAAAAAAUGGCGAGUGGAGUCGGGAGGGUGAUGGUCGGAGUCACGUUUAUCGUUGAAGGAAUGAGUGUCACCAAGGCCUGUACUCUGGAGGGAGAUCGAUUUGGAGGUGGAGGGUCCAUCAUGGUCUGGAGCGGUGUGUCACAGCAUCAUCGGACUGGGCUUGUUGUCAUUGCAGGCAAUCUCAACACUGUGCGUUACAGGGAAGACAUCCUCCUCCCUCAUGUGGUACCCUUCCUGCAGGCUCAUCCUUAUAUGACCCUCCUGCAUGACAAUGCCACCAGCCAAACUGCUCGUUCUGUGUCUGAUUUUCUGCAAGACACGAACGUCAGUGUUCUGCCAUGGCCAGUGAAGAUCCGGGAUCGCAAUCCCAUUGAGCACGUCUGGGACCUGUUGGAUCGGAGGGUGAGGGCUAGAGCCAUUCCCCCCAGAAAUGUCCGGGAACUUGCAGAACACAAGAUGCUGUCCGUUGGCCCGACGGAACCUUGGUCAUUGAGGGAGAAACUAUGCCUAGCCUCCUCUGUUAUGAGGAGCGGAGACCAAAACUGGGUGUCUGUCAGCAGAGCCAUCAAGCCUUUCUCAGAGCAUGGCCGCCCUCCAGACUGGUUUUCUCAGAAGCACUGUGCCUCUCAGUACUCUGAGCUGCUGGAGACCACAGAGGCUCCAAAGCGUAAGCGUGGGGAAAAGGGUGAGGUGGUGGAGACCAUCGAGGAUGUAAUCGUUCGAAGACUUACUGCCGAGAGGAUAGAGGAGCUGAAGAAACUACUGAGAGAGACACAGGACAAAUACAGGAAGCUGAAGAAGGAGGUGGAUCUGAUCCAGACCGGACAUCUGGACUCCCGGCUGGAGGAUCUGUGGACAGAAGUAUCACAGAAAAAGAAGCAGGAUGAGGAUGAGGCAGAUCUUAAGAGGAAGGCCACAGAUACAGCCUAUCAGGCUCGCCAAGCAGUUAAGAACACACCCAAGCGGGUGCCCAGUGUCACUGUACGCUCCCCUCUGGGUGCCAGUCCCACGAGCAUGGAGGCACAGACAGAUACCCCCACACCCCCAACAGACACAGCCAUGCCCCAGGCAGAGGAGACCUCUGGCACUACUGUGGCCCAGGGGGUGGCUGUGUUUCUACCAUCGUCGGAUGCUCCAAUGGUGCUGCCUAAGGAGGGAAGCCUUGGGUCUCUGGUAGAUGACUCCUCACAGAAGAGGCUCCUUAGUCAGAAGUCCACGCCGCCUCCCUCCCCUCUCCUCUCAGAGCUGCUGAAAAAAGGAAGCCUGAUUUCUGCUAGCCCCAGACUGGUGGUGGAGGGGGAUGUUGCUGCUACAGGACUGGCUAAUGGAGGAGUUCCCACUACAACCCUUGAUAUCUCAGCAGGCUUUGAGGUCGCCUGCUCCGUCGGAGAGGGUGUAGUGAAAGCAGAGCUGGGUGAGGAGUUGGAGCUAGUGAAGGAGGCGGGGCUAGUGGAGGAGGACCUGGUAGCUGUUUCCUACAUGGGGGAUGAGCUGGACCUGGAGACAGUCGGAGACAUCAUCGCCAUCAUAGAGGAGAAGGUGGAUGACUCUGUGGAGGCUCUAGAUGCUGCAGCAGUGGAGGCUGCUCUCUCUCUCUGUGAGGAGGCUGUUUCUGCCGGCCACUCCCUCUCAGGCCCCUGGGAGGCCCCUGACUUGAAGUCCUCAGAGCCUGGGCCCACGGUUCAGUCUGACCCCACACAGGGGCUUCAGGGUGGAACGGGAGCUAACCCUGGGGUCCUGGAGCCAGAUACAGAGAGUGGAAGGGGGGAAGCCAAGGAGGGAUUUGAAACAGUGGGGACAGGCGUUGCUCCUUCUGUUGCCGCUGAUGACAGCCUGGCAGGAAGUGAGGUCACAGAGGAAGGAGUUCUCACGGUGGAAGGAAGCCUGAGCACAGCUGUGAAGACUGAGAAUGAGGAGUGGACCCAGCCAGAACCAAACACACCCUGUCUAGACUCAGAAGACAGUUCUGGAUCAGGGAAAGAGUCCAAGGAAGUGAAGGAUGAGGAUGGAGGGAGCGACGGGGAUCCUGAUGAAGAGGUGGAGAUGAAAGAGGAGUGUGGAGAGGGGGAGGGGCCCUACCUAUCAGAAGUAGAACCGGCAGCCAGUGAGAGUGAGGAUGGCUAUGGCCCCUCCUCCCAACGCUACACCACAGCUGAUUCGCUAGCCAGCAGCCCCGCCUCUUCUCAGUUCUCGAUAUGUGGGGAGGAUCAGGAGGCCGUUCAGGCUCAGAAGAUCUGGAAGAAAGCCAUCAUGCUGGUGUGGAGAGCAGCAGCCAAUCACAGGUAUGCCAGUGUGUUCCUCCAGUCUGUGUCUGAUGACAUCGCCCCUGGUUAUCACAGCAUUGUACACAGACCCAUGGAUCUGUCAGCCAUCAAGAAGAGUAUCGAGGCGGGUCAGAUCCGUACGACUGCGGAGUUCCAGCGUGACAUCAUGCUGAUGUUCCAGAACGCGGUGAUGUACAACAGCUCUGACCACGAUGUGUUCCACAUGGCCCUGGAGAUGCAGAGGGACGUUCUAGAACACGUGCAGCAGUUUCUGGCCACUCAGCUCAUCAUGCAGACCUCAGAGUCCUCUAUCUCCACCAAGAGCCUCAGAGGCCGCGAGGGGGGCCGCAAACCGGGGGAGCCAAUGGAGAAGGACAGUGUCCCAAUGGCCUCUCCCGCUUUCCUUCUCUCUCUUUUUGACGGGGGCACCAGAGGGCGCCGCUGUGCAAUUGAAGCAGACAUGAAGAUGAAGAAAUAACCGGAGUCAAAAGGCAGUAGGGUGCCAAUGAGACUUGAUGUAGGGAUUGGACGAUUUAAACCAGAGAAUGUUUGGAGUUACUGUUCUGUGAAGUUAGUUUGAGUUUAAUCAGUUUUCAGGUCACAGUAUGGCUGCAGUCCUGUGUACAGUUUAACUAACUUAAGUCCAUGAUUUGCAUUUGAAGCCAGUACACUAUAGAUUGACAGUUGCCACAAGUAACCAGCAGACACUGCAGCCCUGGAGUACUGGAUCAGUUUUACUACUAGUGACUGACUUGGGGCCCCAUUGUGUUUUAGGAUGUAGCCAACUGUAAAAUAUCCUGCAAGGAAUUAUGAGUUUACUGUAUGUUAGUGGGAGUACAAAAAAGUAGUACCGGAGUGUUGAACUUUAUGUACAGUUUUAUUUUUUUCCCCAUUUGUAUGUUUUGUUGUUCAACUGUUUAUUAAAAGUAAGAUAAUUGCAAACAA